AUGAGCGACGGGAUGAGUUCGCGCUUGUUUAGCGAAGUUCGCGAGAAACGUGGCUUAUGUUACACCGUUUAUGCUGCUUGCAACUCGCUGCGUACGCAGGGGGCAAUUCUGGCCUACGCAGGAACUAGCACAGAGCGGGCUCAGGAAACGCUCGACGUCAUGCUGGAGCAAUUCAACGAACUUCCAAAAGGAGUUCGCCAAGACGAAUUGAACCGGUUAAAGGCCCGCUUCAAAAGUGGCAUCAUCAUGCAGCAGGAAUCGAGCUCUUCGCGGGCAUCUUCCUUAGCGGCAGACUGGUAUCACCUGGGAAGGAUCCGCACGAUGAGUGAGUUGGAAGCCAUUCUCGAUGGGAUCAGUGUCGAAACGAUCAAUGCUUACUUGAGCAACAACCCACCCAAGAAUUUUCGGGUCACGACCAUCGGUGCAAAGAGAUUGGAGGUGAAUCCGAAUGCUUACUCUUUAGCGACAGCAUUCUUCGUCAAGACUGGUUCACGAGAUGAAACGCCUGAGGUUGCUGGCGUAAGUCAUUUCCUUGAGCACAUGGUGUUCAAAGGAACGUCGCGACGAACUGCCGAAGAUGUAAAUCGAGAACUCGACGAACUUGGCGCUCAGUCAAACGCAUUUACCAGCGAAGAGCAAACCGUCUAUUACGCGGUAGUUCUUCCGGAAUUGCAGCACCAAAUCGUCGAUCUGCUGGCCGACAUCAUGCGUCCCACGUUGCGCCAGGAAGACUUCGAUACCGAGAAGAAGGUGAUCCUCGAAGAAAUUAUGAAAUACGAUGACCAGCCACCCUAUGGCGGUCACGAGAAAAGUAUGGCGGCCUGGUUCGGCGAGCAUCCGCUGGGUAACAGCGUGCUUGGCACACAGGACUCGGUAGGCAAUCUGACGCAACAGCAGAUGAUGUCCUACUUCGAACAACGCUACAGUCCGACCAACAUGACUUUGGUCGCAUCUGGCAACGUCGACUUUGACGCGUUAGUCGAGCAAGCUAACGAACUGUGCGGCAGUUGGAAGAAGUACUCGGUCAAUCGAAAUACA